UAGAAUGACUCUCAUCGUUGGAAUACAAUCAUGAUAUAUAAUUUGAUGAUUUGACGACAUUUUCAUGAUUCGAUCUUUUCGCAUACAAAUAUGGCAAGACUUAAUACAGUGCCCAUUCCGUCGAGGGAUCCUACAGCUACGAAUUUAGAGCGCAUGUUGGUGCGAUUGCAGAAAAUUAUCUUGAGCCCAGAUACUUCGGCGGCAUCUCGAAGCUAUGCUGAGUGGGUGAAGACGGGCGCGGUAAGGAUUGUAUAAUCUCUUAUGGAAAGAGCUAUGGCUAAUUCUUUGAUGUUACAGAAUCUGGAAUAUGCGCGGGGUUUAUUGGUUCAUGUAGAGCAAGAUGCGCAGAGUAUUAAAGUACUGGCGAGGAAACAGGAGAUACAGGCCGAUUUAGUGCGCAAGAGACAUAUGAUACAAAGACUUGGUGAAAGAUUGGAAGAGUUAAGUGAGGUUUGUAUACCUAAAUCUGCUGUACCGAGGGGGAUGUGUGCUGAUAUUGCACAGCUUGCAAGUUAUGAGGAAGAGGGCGAGGAUUCAUCCGAGGGAGAAGAUUUACUGUCUCAUGAUCAAGAUACACCUUCGGAAACUACAGAUGAAACUACAAACAACCAUGAAGAGCACUCUACACAUUCUUCAACCGAUUACACACCUUCUCCCACACACAUGGAACAUGCCCCUCCCCCACUACAAACGCAACCCUCUCAACCAUCCGAACCUUCUACUCUUCGCUCUCGCAACCCCCGCGCUGAACGCUUCCAGCCAGCCUCUAAUAAAGCCUACACAACAUCCGCCUCCACAUCCCAAAUUGCUCCUACCGCCGCAACAACAACCACAGCCGCAACCGAAACACUCCUCACACACCACCGCACCGAACAAGAAGAUCUCACUAACUCUCUCCUCUCCAUGGCUCAAGAACUGCGCGCUCGCUCUCACACCUUCGCUAGCACCCUCGCUACCGAUGCCUCGGUUCUCGAUUCUGCCGUUGCGGGUAUCAAUAGGAAUGAGAUUGGUCUAGAAGCAGCGUCGAGGAGAAUGGGAUAUUUGAGAAAUAUGACGGAGGGGAAGGGUUGGUGGGGUCGCAUGAUGAUGUAUGCAUGGAUCGCGGGCUUGGCGAUUUUGGCCUGUGUUAUUGUGUUUGUGAUGCCGAAGUUGAGGUUCUGAUGCUGGAGAGGAAGUAGAAGAUAGGAGAUUUAAAAGGAAUGGGAUGGCUUUUUUGGCAAAAUGGGAGCUUGAUGGAAUGAUAGGCGUUUUAUGGGAACCCGUGGUGUUUGGAUGAUACCAUACGCAAGUGGUAGGCUUUUAUGUUGAUAUCUCAGUUCUAGCAUAUUUGGGCGUCGGGCGAAGCUGCAUUCAUGGCGACAUUAUGUUAUGGGGUUUGGAGAGGAGAAGUAAUUGAUGUACAUGUUAGUUUAUUGAUGUAGCCAAGAGGCUAUUUAAUCAACCCUUUACAAGUAUGACCCGUGUAUCCGAGAAUAGACAUCACGCAACAAA